UGUGCAAGUCCUUAAUGGGAGCGUGACGUUUCCUCCCGCAGGGUCCGAGGGUCCGAUCCGUAGACGAAGGGCGUCGAGUCGGCGCUAGGCUAUCCGCCUCUCCGCUUACCUCGCCCUCUGGUCUAGUCUGGUCAGCGGCGAUGCUCCUCCCAACGGGAUCAGGUAAUUUGGAAAGCUGCUUGGAGCCAGGGAAUAAAUUAGCUUUAUAACAUAAAUGACGACAGUCUACAUGAAAACAGUGAUGGUGUGGCUGGAGAAGAAAUGAAUUUGACUGAAAGGUAAAACUAGAUGGUCUUAAAAGUCAUUUUUACUUGGAGAAUAUCCAGAAGUCACCUAUUACCAGAUCUGAUGAAUAAGAGACAACCCUGAAAGAGGACUUCCAGAACUUCUUCAGGUGGGAAAAAGGAUGGAGUAGCUACACUAGUUGGAGGACCUUUCCGUGUGAAAUAUAUAGAGGAUGUCAAACGUGGGACAACUUGAGACUGACUUUUACCAAUCUAAUUAUACUAUCGAUAACCAGGAGCAAAGCUAUAAUGAUGCCAGUGCCUAUGGAGAUCUUUAUGGACCUGGAGAACAGCAAGCCAGUGGGCAGUCUCAGCCCACCCCUCUUGUUCCUUUAGAGAUGCUCACAACAGCAAGUUACUCAGGACUACUUUUUCAGCCAGCAUCCAACUCAGAAUAUUAUUCACAAUCUCCUUACAUUGACAGUUUUGACGAAGAGCCUCCUUUGCUAGAAGAACUUGGAAUCAAUUUUGAUCACAUAUGGCAAAAAACCUUGACGGUGUUAAACCCAAUGAAGCCAGCAGAUGGCAGCAUUAUGAAUGAAAUGGACCUCGCUGGGCCCGUCCUUUUUUGUGUAACCCUGGGAGCCACCCUGCUUCUGGCAGGAAAAGUUCAGUUUGGUUACGUGUAUGGCAUGAGUGCCAUUGGCUGCCUUGGGAUUCAUGCCUUGCUGAACUUGAUGAGUGCUGCAGGAGUGUCAUACGGUUGUGUGGCCAGUGUUCUGGGCUACUGCCUACUCCCCAUGGUCAUCCUGUCCAGCUGUGCCAUCUUCUGUUCAUUGCAGGAAUCACCUCCUUUGUGUCUGGAACAGGGGCAUCACGGGGACCCUGACAGCCUUGGUCUUCAUCGGAUGGUGCAGCCUCUCGGCUUCCAAGAUCUUCAUUUCAGCCUUGGACAUGAAAGGACAGCAGCUUCUCAUUGCCUACCCUUGUGCCUUACUUUAUGGACUUUUUGCCCUUCUAACAGUUUUCUAAACAGCAUUUGAGAUGGCUUUGCAAGAUUCUAUUUGUUUGCUGUUCAAUUUAUUCUGAAGUGUACUACCAUUCAAAUUUGUUGAUAUGGUUUCUGUUUUAUUCCUGUUGAAAGAAUAAUAAGCAGAGAGACAAAACAAUAGUUGCAGAUGGUGCCAUAAUGGUCUGCUUACUUUGAUUCAUAUUUUGCUUUUCAGUUUGGCACAUUACAAUAUUUUUAAAUAUUUUCAAAUAAAAAGGGAUAUACUUACUAAACUGAUGAACAUUGCUUUUCUCAAUAAACGUACUUCUGGGAAAUUAUAAGUAAAUGAAAUCUUAUGCUUACUGUUUAAAAGAAAUCUACAGUAAGUCUCUUGAAAAACUUUUAAGAGUGCUCAAACUGUGGGGAUGUGGUUAAAGAUUUGCAUAUUCAGCCCUUUGAGAGAUUUCAUGACUGUGUCGUGUAGGGUUUUAUUUCUACAGAGAAUCAAAGUACUUCCUGUCUUUCCAUUCACAUACUUUAACAAGGUUUCUUUAGUCCCAUUUAGAUGUCAUUUUCUCCUUACUUGGCUUAGGGCUGGGGCCUUCCUUAAUCUCCUUUCCCUCUCACCACCUCUCUCCUCCCCCUCCAUUUCUCGGUCCCCCUUCCUUUGCAAGAGUGUUCUUUUCACCACAGUGCACCAACCCAACUUUGGUCACUCUAUCCUAUUAUCUUAUACAGUAGGGGAAUUAUUUAAAACUCCCUGAAAUUACAUUAUCUGAAAUUACUUUAUUUAUUUGCUACUUUGCUUUCUCUCCUCCCCUCCUAAGAUAAACAUCCUGAGGCCAAAGCCAGAGCUCUUAUCUACAUACUACAAUUUCUUGUUAAAAAAAAUGGGAGAUUAAUGUAUAUUUACAAAGUGAAAGAAUGAAAAAAAUCAAUAAAUGAAUGAGACAGGUAUUGGUUAUUGGUCACUGUAAUGAAUGUGACAACUGCAGCUGUGAAUCUUUGGGUAUGGGGAAAAAUAGACAAAAAACAGUAUAUAAGCAGGAUAAUUACAAAAAAUAUGAAAAUGCUAAGAGUGUGAAAAAAGUCAGAACUGCAGUAUGCUUGAUUUUUGUAGUUUAAUAACCCAUUAAUGGCACUGUUAAUUAAACAUGGAAUUUUCUUUUUUUUUAAAUUUUCCUAUUUGGAAUGAGAUGGUUCUCCUGACAUCCUUUAUGUAAAGAAGAUGAAAUAUGAAUGUCAUUUAUUGUAAUUAUUUCUCUACAAAAUUAUCAUAUUAAUUAGAGAUACACUGUACUAUGUACCUAAAGUUUUACCUUUUGGAGUGGUACUUUGAUUUAAAAAUUUAUAGGUAAAAAUUGCUCUGAAUUAUGCAUGAAAACAAUCAUACACAGAAAAAAUUUGAUAUAUUCUAUAAAACAUUGUAACAUCUAUAUAAAAAUCAUGUAAAGAAAGUGUAGUGGUAUCUUGGUUCACAAAAUUAAUUGGUUCCAGGAUUCUGGGGUAGACAGCUACAUUUGUGUUUCUCACCUGAUGUGGAGUUUGCAAACAGAAUUGUUUAUAAUCCAAGAUAUUACUGUAUUAAAUAUUUCUGUAAUAGUUAAAAUAAGAAUACAUUCUAUUUAAUAACUUAAUGACCAAAUUGUGACAUACCUAAGAAUCAGUGUAGGAAAUAAAAAAUAGAUGAUUUACAUAAAAAUAAAUUAAAAUAUUGGAAACAUAUUUUGAAAAGACUUGCCUAUGGAGACAGAUAUACUAUGUCCUUGGAUAACAAGGUUAGACUUUACAGAUCAUCUCUCCUAAGUGAAUGUGCAUGUUUGAUAUAACUCCAAAUAAAAUCCAAAAAUUAUUUUUCUUGGGAGUUAAUGCAAUUCUAAAUUAGUUUGUAAAAAUAAGCAAAUAAUGAAAAAUUGGAAACAGCCUAAAAUUUAUUCUAUAUGAAAAUAAGUUAAAUAAAUUGUUGCUUAUCUCUAUGAUUGAAUGCUAAUUAACUAUAAAAUAUUUUGGAAGAAUCAAGACAUGAAGAAAUGCAUAUAUUUUCAUUGUUUUGAUAACUACUGAAAACUUACAAUGGGCUGCCUCAAAGGCUGUACAUAUAUUAAUUCAUCUAAUUCUCAAAGUAAUUUUAUGGACUAUUGGUACUAUUGCUCCAUUUUAUAACUGAGGCUUCAGAGUUACAGAGAGCUCAAUCACUUGCCCAGUUACUUAGCCAAUAACUAGAAUUUGGAUCAGGAAAACUUGAAUCCAGAACCCAUAAUCACUACAUAACUCUGCUUGUUAUUAAAUAGUAAAAUAUUUUCUGUUUAUUGUCUCAGAUUUAUUCUUUGUUGAUCUUGUCCAGUACUAGACAAUGGCCUUCACCUGCUAGCGAGACAUAAUACAUUAAUAAGGUAGAAGACAAAUGCAGAUGUCUGCCAGGAUUAAAGUGGUGCCUGCAGAACUCCUGGACCCACUGCUAAAGCCUUGAGGAAAUAAAUGAUGCAGAUUCAAAUCUGGUUAUCAUUUGCAUAGAAAAACUUCACACAAUAUAGCUCUCUUCACCUAUCAGAGAAAGAGUAGGCAUGAUACAGAUUUGUGUAGAAGUAUUUUCAUACUAAUUUUAAAAUAAAUUUUGAAUUUUAUGUAGCCUGUAAAAUGUUUUAUAGAACAAAUGAUAAAAUGAAUAAAAAUACAUUUGGAAUAUACAA